AUGCUUUCGACGCGGUCACGAGCCGCCCACAGCUCUCGCAAUCGGUCGCAUCGCCAGGACCGAGACAUCGACUCGACCGCAAGUCCGUCUUCAAGGUCGACCCGAUUCGGAGGCUCAGCAUCCCUGCUCCUCCUCUCGAUCCUGUUUCACACCAUUUACCUCAACUCCAUCUUUGACGUCUACUUUGUCUCACCCGUCACAAAAGGCGUCGGACUGAGGUACGGCGUUGGAGCAGAACACGAGAAUGGCGGUCCAGGCGCUAGAGUCGGCGAGAAGCUGGCCAAACGAGUCGUCUUGAUCGUUGGUGAGUGCAAGAUAGACUCCGUGCGACAGCACGGAACGAGCUUGCUGACCGUGUCGGGGCUGGGACCCUCGCUGCCGUCUCCCCCACACCUGCCCAGGCGACGGACUGCGAGCGGACAAAUUAUUCCAGAUCUACAACUCGCCUCCGUUCGACCAAGAUCUACCCUUACCCAGUCCGCUACAGGACGUUCCUCACACGUACGCAGUGCCACCUUACACGAACUGGACCACCCCAGCCCCGUUCGUGCGCAACCUCAUUCAGUCCGGUCAAGCGAGGUGGGGUGUCAGCCACACCAGGGUACCGACCGAGAGUCGACCCGGCCAUGUAGCACUCAUUGGUGGCAUGUACGAGGUGAGAGCAUCCCAUGUGAUGCAUUGAGAAUAUUCAUCGAACUCACAACACCUUUUUUGCUCCUCUCCAUUGUUUCAGGAUGUGUCGGCCGUGACCCGGGGCUGGCAAACCAACCCCGUCAAGUUCGAUUCGGUCUUCAACCAGUCGUCGCAUGCCUUCACCUUCGGAUCCCCGGAUAUCCUCCCCAUGUUUGCCCAGGGCGCCUCGGACCCGACCCGAGUGGACGCCUUUUCGUAUGGAGAGGAACACGAAGAUUUCUCAAAGGAUGCUGUCCAUCUCGAUUUAUGGGUGCUAGACCAACUCAAAACCCUGCUAAAGAACUCGACUACCAACCCCAAGUUGGACCAACAACUGAAAGCAGAUGGUGUCGUUAUUUUCUUGCACUUGCUAGGACUGGACACGACGGGCCACUCGUACCGUCCCCACGGCCCCGAGUAUCAUCGCAAUAUCCGAGUCGUCGAUCAUGUCAUCUCCGAAACCGCACGUUUGCUCGAAGAUUUUUACGACGACGACGGAGAGACAGCAUUCGUCUUCACUGCCGACCAUGGCAUGUCGUCGAUCGGCAAUCACGGCGACGGAGAGCCCGACAACACGAGGACUCCGCUCGUUGUGUGGGGCAAAGGUGUUGCCUCGGGGCUCGUCGAGGACGAAGGCAAUGACGACUACUCGCGCCACUGGGAUUUGCGGGGAGAGCGAUUGGACGUCGAUCAGGCCGAUGUUGCUGUCCUAAUGGUGAAUUGCUGGUCGGUCUGCGUAGUCCAGACUUGUAGCUAAGCCCGACGUUCUUCCCUUCACUGCGCAGUCCGUACUGGGGGGUCUCGCCAUCCCGGCAAAUUCGGCGGGCAGAAUACCCUUGAAGUACCUGAGCGCCGAUCCGUCUUUCAAGGCACGAGCAUGCUUCGCAAAUGCAAAGCAAGUACUCGCCGAGUUCGAAGAACGAAGCCGUGCGUGGCUCUCCAAAUCUAGAUCAGUGCCUGCUUACACUGAUGCUGUACUGGAGGACUUGGCAGGCUUCAAGCAGGCUCAUGCUCUCGCUUUCAAACCUUUCCCCGAGCUGGUCGAUGACGCUUCUAGCGGGAAACUAUCCGUGGAAUCGCACAAGCGACAGAUCAACGCUUUGAUUCAUGCCGGUGACUACGAGGAAGCGACUGCGUGGAGCAUGGAGCUCGUCAAUCUCGGGUUUGAAGGGCUACGAUACUUUAGAACGUAAGCUCGUCAUGGUUGACACCACAAUACAAUCCGAACUGAGGGUAUCGUAUUCCCGCAGAUAUGAUUGGCUUGUGUUGCGCACGAUCGUUGCACUGGGUUACCUCGGCUUUAUCGUUUACUCCGCCAACUUCGUCUUGAGGACACACGUCUACUCGUCCGACGCCGAGAUGGCGACCACCACAACGUCCCCGAUACCACGAGUCCUUGGGGCUAUCAUUUUCUCCAUUCUCUCGACCAAGUUCUUCAUCGAGCGCUCAUCUGCGACAUACUAUGCCUACGCCGCCUUCCCAUGCUACUUUUGGUCGUCCAUUCUGAGCAAUCGCGCUCCCCUGAUCCGGCUUUUCCGAUCAAUAUCGCCUGUGCGAGCAGCCACAGGUCUAGGCGCGACGUUGAUCGUGGUACAAAUGAUAGCGCAGGCCUACCUCGUCCGCGAGUACCUCACCUACAUUCUAGUAACAAUCGCUCUGGCGUGGCCCUUGCUGGGCAUGGAUCGGACGUUCAGAAGGAAGGAGCAGAGACUGGUCACCGCUUGGGCCGCAAGCUGUUCACUCUUGUCCAUCUUCCCUCAACUACCGGUGGAGAAAGGGGAGAACUUGACGAUCGUGUGAGUUGUGCACUGCGGGUUGCCGCUCACGAUGCUAAAGAUGGAGUGGCUCACCCCGGCCUGAGGCUCAUAGAUACGCGGGAGCCGUGGCGAUGUUCAUCCUCGGCCUUGUGGGACGAGAAGUUCUCGAGCGAGAAGAGGUGAAGCAAGCUACCAACCCGUCAUCGACAAUACGAGCCACACACAAGUGGCUGGCUCUGCAGGUAUGUACACUAUUCGCAUCUACUACAGGUCACUCCAAGCUGAUGAUUCUGCUUUGGUGCUAGAUCGGGCUAAUCUUGCUGAGUCUGGUGCCGACCGUCAAGUCAGCGCUCGCAUUGCAGAGGAAGCAAGGUCUACCGCUUUGGAGUCAGAGCCUUGGAUGGAUUGUCCUUGGUCAGUCGGUACCAUUAUUGGCGAGGGGUUCAGACUUUGGCUGAACGAGUUGCCAUGACUCCAGUCGGUUCGGUCCUGGUACCGAUCAUUCGGGGGCGACCUCGCCAGCAACCCUUCCUGGAGCGACUCUUAAUCGUGUUGUUCGCUUUUGGACCCUCGUUCAAUAUCCUCUCUCUUUCUUACGAGGGCCUGUUUUAUGCUUGCUUUUGCGCGACGCUGUGUCUCUGGCUCCUGCUGGAGCGGAGAAUCGCCUUGACGAGGAGAAUGAAUGUGAAGGAUCACGAGGAGUCGCCCAAGAUCAAUGGCGGCCAUAUCAGGAUGGCCGUCUUCUUCUUAACAUUCCUACAUCUCGCCUUCUUUGGCGUGGGCAAUGUCGCCAGUAUUUCGUCGGUAGGUGCAGUGUCUCCAGUCGGGUUGCAGGGUCAAAACUGACGGUGUAGGGGGGCUACUUGUUCAGUUCUACUUGGAGCCGGUAUAUCGACUCAUUCCGGUCUUCAACCCUUUUGCCAUGGUACGAUACACUGACUAAGCACUGCGAAGUGCACUCGCUGACCCGCUAAUUGCUGCACCCGCCCAACAGGCUCUCCUCCUGCUAUUCAAGCUGCUGUCCCCCUUUGUUGCACUGUCGGCCAUCACCUCGGUGCUCAACAAGCAGCUCGGUCUCCCGCCCUUCUCCCUCUUCAUCAUUGCCUCAACACUAUCCGAUGUCUUGACCAUCAACUUUUUCUUCCGAGUGACCGACCAAGGCAGUUGGUUGGAGAUUGGCUCGUGAGGUUUCAUGCCAAAAGAGUCUUCCGUCGCAGUCGAGUGGGCGUAUGGAGUGAUGUCUAACAAUUUGCAUCUUGUUGCUCUACAGAACCAUCACCAACUUUGCAAUCUCUUCGCUGCUGUGCAUCUUCAACACGUACGUACCUGCCUGUCAGCUCCGUCGCACCACCCCCACUACCCCGCAUUCAUCCUCGGCGAAGCGCUCGCUCUCUCGGUCGGCUUCUUCUGACAACCUUCGCCUUCUUGGGCUGACCCGCUUUACGCCGAAUCAUUUGUGCCUUGAUGCAGUGCUCUGUACCUCGGCGGAGAAUUCUUGUUGGCGAAUACCGAAGUCAAUUCCAGGCCGCUGGAAGUUGUAAGACAUCAGGACGAUGUCAAGGAGAUCGAUGUAGUCGAUCGGGGUAGAAUUUCUCCCCUCGGCAAUGACUCGGGCUCGAUGAGCAAACGGACAACGCGAGCGAGUUCGGCGACAGCGAAGGAUGAUUAG